AUGACUCAAACAUUUGUAAAUGUGUUUUUUUAUUUGUGCUCUGGCCUCUUUAGUGUCCACAACAUGUGAAUGUCCAGAAAAACAGCCAACUUACGAUUUGAGGAAGUGGCUUUAGCUAGAAAGAGGAAACCCAACACUAUAGUUUAUGCACCAGGACAAACUGAGAAACACUGAGUUGAUACACGGAACAAACUUGUAGAAGAAGACGAUAAACACCCCUCAGUAAACCCCCAAACAACAACAUGGAAUCUUUUGGAAGACUUUUCUUCAUGCUGACUUGGAUAUUCUUCUUCCCUUCUGUUUGCUCGGGAAUGGAUGCACCAAAGUUAUCCCUGGAAACCAGAGUCUUUGUGGCCCUUGCAGAUGAAAAGCUCACAAUUAAAUGUAGCGUGACAAAACCAGCAAACCAAACUGAAGACACGAUGGCCUGCUACGAUCUUCACCACAACAUGAUAUAUAACUGUGUCAUUGAAGCGACGGCUGGCAAGACUACUAUUUUUCCACUGACAUUGAAUGUGGGACCCCUGAACGUUUCAGGAGAAUACUAUUGCCAGUAUCAAAGAUUAAAGGCGUACUGGUUUCUUCGAGUGAGAGAUUCCGGCUACACAGAACCUGUGAUGUUGGAUUACACAGAAUUCAUCGUACUGGCCUUCUUGACCGGUGUGCUGCUGGUUUUCAGCGUGAUCGGAUCAGUGUAUGUCUUCAGAGGACAUCCGAAAGAGCAGAUUACUCAGUGUGGCGAAACGGGUGGAAAACGAAAGCAGAACAAAGAAGAAAGGAAGGCGAAAGAGACAAAGGAAGACAAAGUGGAUGUAACAACAGCUCCGUCUCUCUAUGCGAGUCUAGAGCCUCGGCCCAGGUCCAUUUAUGAUGUGCUGGACCCCUCAGCUGCCAAUGGAAAGUCAGAUCAAGGGAAAGCUAAAGCCAAGAAGAACAAACCUCAUAAAACAAUGGGGCAAACCACAGAACACCAAGAUGAAGGCGUGUUUGAGUCUGUCUAUGAGAACUUUUGAAUCAUAAAUACAUUUACGUAUCCAGACUGUGAUAUUUAUAUCAGAUGCUAAGAUCAUGUCCAUUUGCUUUGCUGUUUCAUUGUCACCAGUUGCUAGAAUAUUUAGAUUCUUUAGAAAGUAUAAGUAAAAACCACAAUGUAAAAAUACUUCCGUUACAUGUAAUUUUAAAAUAAAGAUACAAAAGGUGUUAUUAGCAAAAGUUCCCACUAUACAGGCCAAAUAGCCUCUAUCCGUGUUACAUUAUUGUGUGCCAUACUGUUGGAUUAUUAUUGCAUUAUCAUGUAACCAGCAUUAUAGUGUUGUGGCUUGUUGCAGUGGAGCUAAUUCUACCGACUGUAUUUACUGUUGUAAGGUUUAAUUUACUGUAUAUUUUGUACUGGCUGUUUAUGACUCCAGUAAGUGAAAAAAAUUAAUCUUUCCUUGUCACCUGUCUCAGUUUGAUUUCUGGCUAGAAAACGUGAUUUCUCUAUUUUCUGUGACUCCUUAUGUGGGCACACCCUCCCGAAUAAGCGUCAUAUCUGCGUACGAUGACCAAUGAAAUUGCGAGGUCUGGAUUCCACGAGCCAAUGCCAACGCUGAUGUCAGUUCGACUUCCUGGUUUGUUUUGGUUUGUUUUGCUACAUUGACAAUGGCUGCAGAAGGCGAUUUCCUGGCGAGAUACCGUGCUGUGUCAAAUAAACUGAAAAAGUAAG